AUGUCGCAACCCCUCCCGGCAAAGGACCAGGCAGUAUUUCGAUCCAUCGUCAAGUUCUACGAAACCAAGCAGUACAAGAAAGGCCUGAAAGCGGCUGAUUCCAUUUUGAAAAAGCAUCCGGACCAUGGGGAGACUUUGUGCAUGAAGGGUCUCACCGUGAGCUAUUUAGACCGGAAAGAGGAAGCUUAUGAGCUUGUGCGCAAGGCAGGGCAGUCACGUGACAUUGGCACGACAGGCAUUCGUGCAGGCAUGAUCUCAUGUUGCUCUCACAACUUGCGGGCAAGCACCUUUCUGGCCAAGGUGUAUGGACUACUUUACCGGCAAGACCGAGACUACUUUGAGGCUGUGAAGUGCUACCGGCAGGCUCUGCGGAUCGAUCAGGAGAACCUCCAAAUUUUGAGAGAUUUAUCCUUGCUGCAGAUCCAUCGACGGGAUGUGCACGGAUUUGCCGAGACUCGCCGCAAACUGCUGCAGGUCAAGUCGUCUGCUAGAUUGAACUGGGUCGGAUAUGCCAUUGCAGAACACUUGUGUGAGAACUAUGAGCUAGCCUGGAAAUGCAUCGACAACUAUGAGAACUCGUUCAAGGAGCAGGAUACUACCGCAGCCUCCGAUUACGAGAACUCAGAGCUGCAUCUAUACAAGGCAUCCAUCAUGGAGGAAGCUGGCAAGUUCAAGGAGUCGCUGAGCUGCUUGAAAGAGAACGAGAGCAAGAUUGUUGACAAGAUCGGUUUGCUGGAGAUGCAGGGGAGGCUCUGCAUGUUCCUGUCUCUGCAUGAAGAAGCAGCUGACUACUUCAAGAGGCUUGUCAACAUCAACACCGAGCAUCAUGUCUAUGCUUUGGCAUACAUGGCCUCUCAGCCGAAGUUUAGCUCCUUUUGGCCUCCGCUGCCUGCGCCCAUCGCGCCUGGCGAGCAGAGCGACCUUUGCAACGGGAAUGCUGCCGCAGACCAAGCACUGCCGAAAAACAUCUUGUCCUUCCCAUCAACGCUGCAUCCAGAAGGUAUGCCCGUAUUUGGCUGGCUGCCGCCGAAGCAUGCGCUCAAGCCACAGCGCAGAUUGAUCAUCGGUCGGAAGCAGCACAAGCGGCGGGUGGACACCCUCGAGCCGGCCGUGCCUUUGACCGAGGAGCAAGAGGAGGAGGUAAUCCAGUUCUUCGAGGGCUUGAAAGCCGACUAUCCCAAGUCGGACUCCUUGAAAAGGCUUCCGCUCUUCUUUCUGACGGGCCAGCGGUUCAAGCGGAAGUUAGACGAGUACCUGCGAAGCAGGCUUCGAAAAGGUGUUCCGUCGCUGUUCCGAACCAUGCGCUCCUACUACUUUUCGUGCUUUCCUCAGUCGAUCGAAGAGUUGCUGCUGCAGUACGUGCGCUGUUUGAAAGAGAAGGUGUCAUGGUUCGGACCCCUCACCGGAGAGCAGGCAGAGCCGCCGCAGAUGAGCGACGAAGAGCCACCCUCAGCGCUGCUCUUCACCCUCAUGACGGUCGCUGAGCACUUCGAUUUCAUGGGCGACACCCACAAGGCAUUGGAGUACGUGAAUGAAGCGAUUGAGCACACGCCUACUCUGGUGGAGGUCUACGCAUGCAAGGCCCGCAUCUACAAGCAUGCCCGAGCCUUGGAGCAACUGCGAGUUGCCUUGGCUGCCCAUCAAUCUGUGCCUAAGAUCGUGGCGGACAUGCGUUGUGGCGAGGCCUUGCUGUUCUCCAAGGAGCCAGACUCGCAAGAGGUGAAGAUUUGGAUUGCUUUCACAUGCCUUUUCAAGCAAUUUUCAGUCGCCGUCCGUAACUACACCAUCGAAACAGCAACUGUGAGCCAAGAUGUGUUUCAUCCUGCCUUCUGCGAGAUAUCGUUAGCAUGUCUACACAGCACAGCGUCCCAACACGUGCAUCCAUGCCGGCCACAACACGGCGAAGGCACUUCGGUGGCUGUGGAUGCUGAGGAUGCCUGGAAGCUGCCACGGAUGGCAGUUUCGAUAAUGCUUCCUGGUGCGGUACCGAAGUCAUCCGGCUUCUUCCGCAGCCUCUUGCGAAGUCUGUAUUUGGCUCUUGGUAUAAUUGUCACUAUUGGCAUAUAUAGCUUUCUACAAGAAAGAAUGGUUUCACAGCCCUACGAUGGAGAGAUCUUCAAGGCUACCAUGUUCCUGGUACUGUGCAAUCGCAUCUUUUCAGUGUUGUAUUCACUUCUCAUGCUCUGGCGGGCAGGAGAAAGCUGGGGUACACAGGCUCCGCCGUGGAAGUAUGCAGCAGUGUCUUUCUCCAAUAUGCUCAGUACGUGGUGCCAAUACGAGUCCUUGCGACACGUAUCCCUAGUUCUCCAGACAAUGGCUAAGACUUUCAAGAUGCUUCCAACUAUGCUGAUGGGAGUCAUUGUGUCGAAGAAGAGGCAUUCGAUGAAGGACAUCUUGACAGUAGUCCUGAUCACUACUGGAAUCAUGAUCUUCGCGGUCGGAGGGGACAUAAAGUCGGAACAUGCUUCAGCAUCCAGUUGGUAUGGGAUCCUCCUCCUGACGGGCUUCCUGGUGUUCGACGGGUUCACAAGCACGUUCCAAGAGAAGCUUUUCACAGAGUGUAGGAUGUCCAAGUACAACCAGAUGCUGUACAUGAACCUGACUUCAGCAAGUGUUGCCGUUGCAUCCUUGUUGGUCACUGACUCUACAUGGUACUGCUUCCGAUUUCUGAAAGACCAUAAAUACUUCGCCCCUGAUGUUGUGGCCUUGUCCUUUUCCGCUACUGCUGGGCAGUUUUACAUCUUCUCCAUGAUCCAAGAGUUUGGUGCCCUUGCUCUGGCAGCGGCGAUGAAUGCAAGGCAGAUCACGACGAUAAUUGCAUCCUAUGCGUUUCGCCCGCAGUCUGCGACCUGGACGCAGUCGAUUGGCUUGGCUCUCCUGUUCCUUGGGCUCAUCCUGAGGAGUGUCUGGAACUGGCGAAACAUCCGCAUCCGCGAAGACAAGACUUCUCCAUCCUGUGGUGGAAGCUCUCCAGAGUCUGACAAGCAGCUUGGAAAUCUUGGGGUCGUCCGAGCUGCCAAAAUCGGGCAUACCGAUGUCGAGGAGGUGAAUGCAGAUGUCGAGACCGAAGAGUUCCUGCAAUCCAGGCAAGUUGCACUCAGUUUGGACUCCCAGCAGGCGCGAUGCUUUGUCAUUCGAGGAAAGAUCGCACAUCAGGACGAAAAAGACGGCAGUGCCAUGUACGUGGACGUAGGUCUCCUGCUUUUAUCUUGCAUCUGCAGCCUGUACAUCCAUCCCAGGUUCCACGAGACCUUCAAGCACUUCCAUGACAUUGCAGAAGAUCAGUUCGAUUUUCACAACUAUUGCUUGCGUAAAACUACGCUUAAGGCAGAGGGGGCAGCCUUCACUGGGGAAGCAGUUGCAAAGCAUCCUGAUGUCUUUUCCAAUUUAAAUACCGGGCAGGCGUACGAUGCCGUCAACAUUUACCUUGAGCUUUUUGCGUCGACCCCGGAGCAGCCCGAGAGCUUCUGUCAGGGCUUUGCUUGGAUGUCGGGCGUGGGCCUCUCGGCCCCUCUGCCCCUUGGCCUCUCGGCCAAUCCCUCUGAGGAUGCGAAAGCUCGUGGUGACGAGAUCCUAACCACCGAAGGCGCAGAGACGGAGCUGAGCGCAGAGGAAAAGAAGAAGCUCAAGCACAAGAAGAAACGUGAGGCGCAGAAGGAGGCGCAGAAGGCAACCGACAAGCCGUGGCUUGGUGUCGGAAGUUUCUGCAGCGAAUGGAAGAUAUUGAAGAUUGCAGAAAGAGAGUUUGCCUGCGGCAGCCAGAUGUCCACAGGAAAGCCGAAAAAGGUAGACGAUGACCCGGAUGGUGAGAAACUCCUGCAGCAAGAUGCCAUGGAACAGGUUCGUACUUUGGUGCAGCACAGCUCCUUGGAUGCUUCCACGCAUGUGCUAACCUACGAAGUGUUCAGUCGACAAGGGAAGGUAAUCCACUGCCUGCAGGCCCUCAGAAAGCUCUGGGAGCUUGGCGGACAUGACAACCUUCACUACAAGCUCGUUGCCCCGCUUGCCAACUUCUGUUUCGCCCAGGAUCUGGAGAACAGUUCAGUUCCCUCCGUGGUGCGCGAAGUGGUGCUAGCGGAAAUCGCUCCGAUCUUGAGGGGCAAAGAUGGUGCAGAGCCUUUCAGCAGUGUCUCCGAGAUGAGACAGGCAGCGUCGAAGCUUGUCGACCAGGUGGAGCGCCGAAUAAAGGAGUCACAAGAUCUUUUCCUGGUGGAGGUGCUCUAUGGUCUGAAGUGUCUGAGAAGUGCUGGCAGAGACUGCAAGGCCUUGCUGGAGGUCAUCUGCUUGAAGGAGAGCAAAAAGCUGCUCGACUACUUAGCACAAGAGUUCGGAAAGGACUCUGCUGCUUGGCAGCGGCUGCGUCAGCGAUGCUCGGAGUUUUUCCCCUUAAUGGUGCCGACCUAA